AUGUCUCGAAUGUCAGAAGACUCAUCGCGACCUGCGAAACGCGCGAAAAUUGACGAUAGUUCCGCCAUCGACGCUGAUUUGGAGCGUGAAGUGCGCGCUGGCAUAACGGAAUAUGUCUGCCCGGAUAACCUCGGUUUCAAGGGAGUGUUGAAGCAAAGAUACACUGAUUUCCUGGUUAACGAGAUUGGACUCGAUGGGCAGGUGUUACAUCUGACGAGUACAGCAGUAGAGGAGCAGAGGAAGGUAGAUCAGGGCACAGAUGUGGCCAAUGGCGCCGAUAAAGAAGCAUCCAAAAGUGCGGUAAUAGAAGAGCAAAAACAAGAUGCAGAUGCGUAUGAUACAGGACUUGGUGGGGAGGUCAAGCUACAAGUGGCAGCUAAGCCAACGCCCCAGCCCCAGCUCGAGACUGCCGAGCCGAUCGAGGAACCGGUUGCUAGUCAGCCAGAAACUCAAAAAGAAGACUCAGAGAAAGAGAAGUUGGCAGACGACGAUCGCAACACACUACAUUCAAUAUUCGGCGAGCAAACCACUGAUGAGAUAAUCAAGCUCGUAAGACAGGUACGACGACGCGAAUCCAAAAAGGCAAAAGACUUCAAGGCCGUCAUAUCACCGCCGAUAACCGACAAGGACAUGCGCACAAAAGCUCACCAGAGUCUGCGUCGGAUAUUCCCAAAUCUGCUGGAGAGUGCCAUGGAGAGCGACCAGACCAUACGCAUCAAGGCCACACCACCAGCCGAGCGCAAGAAUAAGAAAGGAAAGGGUGGCGGCAGAGAUCGCGAAGAUCAUUCUAGGCGACGAGGCGGUCUGGACUGGGAGGAGCUGGGUGGGGAAUACCUCCACUUCAAUCUCUACAAGGAGAACAAGGACACAAUGGAAGUGGUGGGCUUUCUUGGAAGCAAGCUCAACUGUGGUACAAAGGGCUUUGGGUUUGCAGGUACCAAGGACAGACGAGCAUGUACCGUCCAGAGAGUAUGCGUCAAGCGCCAGACGGCUCAGCGCAUGCAAAACUUCAACAAGAUGUUAUUCAAUGCUUGUGUAGGUAACUUUGAGUAUCGCCACCAUGAUCUGAAGCUAGGCGACUUGAUGGGCAACGAGUUCACCAUCACACUCAGAGACUGUCAUUUUCAGGGCGAGCAAGGCCUGACGUUUGAAGAACGACUGAAGCUUGCCGACAAUGUAAUCGGCAAAGCCAUCACCGAUUUUUCGCAAAAGGUCUCUCAAGAUGAUAGGAAUCGUGCAAAGGCCCUCCAUAUCUGGAAGACCAAAGGCAGUGGCAGCGAGGCCCUGGACUUCCUCCCCCGGAAAUUCACCGCUGAACGCAACAUCAUUCAACAUCUCAGCUCGCGCAACAGCAAGUCGGGACGUUACGACCGCAAAGCAGACUGGCAAGGCGCACUCAUGACGAUACCUCGCACGCUGCGUCUGAUGUACGUCCACGCUUAUCAAUCACUCGUCUGGAAUACCGUUGCAGGCAAACGCUGGACUAUGUAUGGCGACAGAGUCGUUGAAGGUGAUCUCGUCCUCGUCAACGAACACCGCGACAAGGAGCUUUCCAACACCGCGACUGCCAAGGUAGACACAACAAUUGACCAGGAUGGCGAGAUGAUUAUCAACCCCUCGGGCACUGAGAACGCAAAUGCCCCCGAAGCCGACUUCGAACGCGCUCGCCCACUCACGGCCGCCGAAGCCGCAUCAGGGCAAUACACAAUUUGGGAUAUAGUCUUGCCACAACCUGGCUUCGAUAUCGAGUACCCGCAGAACGAGAUCGGUACGUUCUACAAGAAGUUCAUGGGCAGUGAAAAGGGUGGAGGCUUAGAUCCCUACAAAAUGCGCAGGCAGUGGAGAGAAGUCAGUCUCAGUGGAGGCUACAGAAAGUUUCUUGCCAAGCCUUUGGGACCGCUGACUUAUGCGCUGCAUGAUUAUACAAAGCCAGACGAACAGUUUGUGGAAACGGAUUUGCAGAGGCUGGGCAAGGAAAGAGAUGUUUCGGGAAGGAAGGGAGAGGAAGGAGCCGCAGUUGAGGAUGGAGAUGGGGACAUGGAAGAUGGUAAGGAAAAGGAUGAGGAGCAGGAGAAGAAGAUUGCGGUUGUACUUAAGUUGCAGCUGGCAAGCAGCCAGUACGCCACCAUGGCUCUGAGGGAGCUUAUGAAAGCUGGUGGUGUCAAGGCGUACAAGCCUGAUUUCAUGGGUGGAAGGUAGUGAGCCCGGGGUUGAUGCAUCGUAAUGGAUCUCAUGCACCAACAGAACAGCUGGCGAAUUUCAAUGAUAUGACAUCAGAUUCUCGUAUACACAUAAAUGAUACAGAAGAAAUUGCUCGAACAGCAUGGACCAACCAAAAAA